GACAAACGAGCUGGCUGUACACGGGAGCCUUCCAUUUUGUGACGUCAUAACAUCCUGGUAUUUCUUUGCAUUAUCGAAGAAAUGGCGGAUCAACAGUACAGUUACGCAGGAGCAGCAGGUGCCCCAGUCGCCAGUUAUGGCGCUUACAGUGCAGCAGGCUACGAUACGUCCCAGCAGUACGGACAACCCCCUCCUGUAGCAAGUUACAGCCAGCCCCCGCCUGCGGCGACGGGAGCUUACGCACCAUACGGAGGUUAUGCGCAGACAGAGUACGCGCAAGCGCCGCCCCCUGCCGGAGGUACGGCGUCGUACGGCCACAAGCAGUCGCCUGGCUACGCUGCUACCAAUCCUGUUUAUUCCUCUGCACAGCCGACCCCGCCCGCCACUGGCACAGCUGUACCACAGCAGUAUCCACAGCAAGGUGCCUACAGCAGCUACGGUCCCCCGCCUACUCAGCAGACGGUAGUGCCGCCCCCUCCCGCGUCGUAUGGGGGUGCACUGCCCCCGGCGUCAUACGGCCAGCCACCGCCAGCGGCGCCCCCUGCCGCCUAUCAACCAGCAACGUAUGGAACAGAUGGCGGUUACAGCGCCCAACAAGCCGCGCCACCGCCGGUGAGUUACGGAGGUCAGGGUGCUGCUUAUGGGCAGACCAGCGGCGUGCCGGAAUACUCUGCUCCAUCAGGCGGCUACAGCCAAGCCGGUUAUGGACCACCCAGUGGCGGUUACGAGGCACCGAGCGCAGCGGGAGGAGGAGGAGGAAGCGGUGGAUACGGUCGCGGCGGAGGAGGAGGUGGCAGCGGCGGAUACGGAGGUGGGUCCGGUGGCUAUGGAGGCGCUGGUGGUGCUAGUGGCGGUGGCUACGGCGGCGGCGGCGGAGGAGGCAUGAGUUCUGGCUAUGGCGGUGGCGGCAAUGAACGUGAUAGUCGCGGGGGAUACGGAGGCGGGGGUCAGGAUAGAGGCGGAUUCAACAAGUUUGGUGGGGAUAGAGGAGGCGGAGGAGGAGGAGGAGGAGGAGGAGGCGGCGGCGGCUUUGGUGGACGUGAGAUGGAGACGCAGGAGGAUACUGUGUUCAUUAGUGGGCUUCCACCAGACGUGACCGAGAUGGACCUCGCAGACCAUUUUGGUGCCAUCGGCGUGAUCAAGAUGGACAAGAAACUGGGGAAACCAAAGAUCUGGAUCUACAAGGACAAGCGAACUGGUUCUCCAAAGGGAGAGGCCACCGUUACAUUUGACGACCCGCACACUGCCGGUAGCGCCAUCUCCUGGUUCAAUGGCAAGCCAUUCAGAAACAGUCACGAGAUAAAGGUUGAGAAGGCGCAGCGGCCUGCCUACCAGGGUGGCGUGGAUCGUGGCAGGGGGCGUGGCCGCGGCGGCGGGGGCGGGGGCGGACGAGGCUUCGGGGGUCGUGGUGGUGACCGCGGCGGUGGUGAUCGCGGUGGAGACCGUGGCGGUAGAGGAGGAGGAGGAGGCCCGGGCGCCGGUGGCCCAUCACGCGAUGGAGACUGGACCUGUCCCAACCCAGACUGUUCCAACAACAACUUUGCAUGGAGGACCAACUGCAAUCGUUGCCAGACCGACCGUCCUGAGGGCAUGGGAGAUGAUGCUAACGGGUUUGGCGGUGGUGGACGAGGCGGGUUCCGGGGGCGCGGACGCGGGAUGGAUCGUGGCGGUCGCGGCGGUGAUCGCGGAGGAUUCCGGGGACGCGGCGGUGACCGAGGCGACAGAGGCGACAGAGGAAGAGGAGGUCCACGCGAUUCAAGGGAGGAUAGGCGGCCGAGACCAUACUAGAAUCAGCGCACCCCGCCUAGCAGGGCAGACCAGUGGUGGCGGCUGCAGCCACCGUCGCCCGGGGAGAGCAAGCGAUCUCAACGUGCGAGGGUUCUACUCGACCGUGCAGCGGUGGUUCUAGCAAGGGGAGCGUCGGCAUAUUCUUGUAUUUCAAUGCCGUUAGCUUUCUGUGGAAUUUAUUUUACGAGGGUUCCGCGGAUUCCAACCAGCGACGCGCGGGGUGUCGGUGCCAUCACGUCCUGCUCUAACUAUUUUCUUGACACGCACAUGCACACAUGUCAGGCUGUUAGGUGUCAGGAAGUGAACGAACUCUCACACCCUAUUGUAAAUAUGCGCCGCCAAUGUCGUUGUCUUCAUCGUGCUUGCUGAAUGUUUUUUGGGGGUGAAAUGCCUCCGUUGGAAUUGUAACGCAUUUGUGGCGCUAUGCUGCCAUUCCGAGAGGCCUGUGUGUGUGUACAUGCGUAGUAAUCUCUGUACGUGAGUUGUUCAGGUCACCUUGUCAAUGUAAUGUUAAAUUAUAGCUGUGUUGGCGGUGGGUUUCCGGCGUGGCAGGACGCGCGACACUGUCAGCCACCUGUCAGAACGAUCGUGUGCGGUAAAUUUCACGCUCACGACUUUUAGAUGUUUGAGCAACGUGAAAGGGAAGAAAUGAAACGUGCGAGGAUGCAUAUUCUAUGAUAUUGUCUGUUUCGUGUACUUUGAUGGUAAAGUUUAGUGUUUUUAGAGGUAAUGAUGUUCCGUAUCUGUGUCAAGUGUCAUGCAAUAAAGACGAUAGUCGAUGACCUUAUCCCGAC